AUGUCUCUCCGAUUUUCUGGUGGAUCCCGGCACACAUGCCUGAGGCCGGGCACUGGAUCUGUCAGAUCACCCAGCGGAGGAGCUGGCUUUGCAGGCAGCAAUGCAGGCGGUGGCUCUGCAGCUGGAAGUGGAUUUCUGUCUGCCUUGGGAGGGGGCCUGGGCAGCACUCCGGGUGGUGCCAUCGGAAACACUGUUUUUGCUGGCUUUGCUGGAAACGAUGGAGGGCUCCUCUCCGGGAACGAGAAGGUGACCAUGCAGAACCUCAACGACCGCCUGGCCUCCUACCUGGACAACGUGCGCGCCCUGGAGGAGGCCAACGCCGAAUUAGAGAGGAAAAUCAAGGGCUGGUAUGAAAAAUAUGGCCCUGGAUCUUGCCGUGGACUUGAUCAUGACUACAGUCGAUAUCAUCUAACAAUCGAGGAUCUGAAGAGCAAGGUUAUCUCUUCCACUGCUGCAAACGCUAACAUCAUUCUGCAGAUCGAUAACGCGAGACUGGCCGCCGACGAUUUCCGGCUAAAGUAUGAGAACGAGCUGGCCCUGCACCAGAACGUGGAGGCCGACAUCAACGGGCUGCGGCGGGUGCUGGACGAGCUGACGCUCUGCAGGACUGACCAGGAGCUGCAGUUUGAGUCCCUGAGCGAGGAGAUGACCUAUCUCAAGAAGAACCACGAAGAGGAGAUGAAGGCGCUGCAGUGCGCAGCCGGCGGCAACGUGGACGUGCAGAUGAACGCGGCGCCGGGCGUGGACCUCACGCUGAUGCUGAACAACAUGCGCGCCGAGUACGAAGCCUUGGCCGAGCACAACCGCAGGGACGCUGAGGCCUGGUUCAACGAGAAGAGUGCCACCCUGCAGCAGCAGAUCUCGGACGACGCAGGCGCGGCCACCUCGGCCCGGAGCGAGCUGACCGAGAUGAAGCGCACCCUGCAGACGCUGGAGAUCGAGCUGCAGUCCCUCCUGGCCACGAAACACUCCCUGGAGUGCUCCCUGACGGAGACCGAGGGCAACUACUGCACACAGCUUGCGCACAUCCAGGCCCAGAUCGGGGCCCUGGAGGAGCAGCUGCACCAGGUCAGAACCGAGACCGAGGGCCAGAAACUUGAGUACGAGCAGCUGCUGGACGUGAAGGUCCACCUGGAGAAGGAGAUCGAGACCUACUGCCGCCUGAUCGAUGGCGAUGGAGAUUCAUGCUCCAUAUCGAAGGGCUUUGGAUUAGGAGGCUCAGGGAAUUCAACUAAAGAUGUAUCUAAAACCACACUGGUCAAGACUGUGGUUGAAGAGAUAGAUCAGCGGGGCAAAGUUCUUUCUUCACGGAUUCACGCCAUUGAAGAAAAGACAUCUAAAAUAGCCAAUGGCAAGGCAGAACAGAGGGUUCCUUUUUAGCUGUCAUUUUAGA